UUGGUCGUUUCCUUGUUCUAACUCUCAGCUGGACCAGACUGGUUUGUAGAAGUGAUAACGACGAGCGGUACGCACAAAUCCAAUCCAAAUCUUCAUCCUUCUCCAUUUUCAACCUCUUGGACACCAAAUCUUUCUCAUAAACCCUAAGCUUCUUCCUGCAUUCUAUUUCUCACUUGCCUUCCUUUUCUGUAAAUUUUGUAUUUGUGUGUUAAUUGAACUCUCCUGGAUUUCAAUUUGAGUACAGCACUCGAUUUCAUAGUCAGGCAAUGUGUUGAUUGGGAGACUGGAAAGUUUUUGAAAUGGCAGAGUAUGCAUCUUCCACGUCGUGUGUUAAGUUGCACAUGCGGACUAGCUGUCUCCGAGAGAAGAGCUAUUUAAUCCGAAAUUCGUAUUUUAGGACGCCACAGAGAAAGUAUUCCCAUGGAAGUUGUAGGGUUCUCCAGAACCCUCCUGUGAAUAAUACAUGCAGCAUUGGACUCUCAAAUUUCAAAGCAAAUCCUGGUAAUAGGGAAACUUCCUUGAGGCGCAGCUGCUUGGGAGCUCUGGAGGACCCUGAUGGUGCUGCAGCAUCUGAUUUGGUUUCAAUUAGUGACCAGUUGCUUCUGAUGGCCAGCAUUGCUCUUACACAUAUAGCUGGUGUAAUUCCCAUCGUCAGGCCCAAUUUGACUUCUGGGAGGAACAUUACAGAUCAUAGUUCAGUCCUUGACAGUACAAUGUCUUCUGGUAGUGCUAAGAAGGAAGUCAUUGUUAACAUAAAUAAUGCUUGGGAUGCAGUAAAGGAAAAACUCUUGGUUUCUCUUCAUGCUAUAGAACACAAUAUCAAUCUGGGAAACAGACUUCUUGAAAUUGACGAACAGCGUGCAAAGCAACCCUUAAGUUUGUAUGCUAUAUCUGAGGGUCCCAAGUUGCGGCUACUUUGGGCUUCUUUUAAACAACUCGAGGAUGAGGUGAAUAAUGUUUUUGGUGAUUCUGAGGAUUUUAAUUUGGAUGAUUGGUUGACUAUUUUUCCUGAAAUUAUUAAAAAGUCUUGUAACUGCAUGUACAUAGCUUGGCUAGUGGAGGAACUUCGUCUUAGAAACAAGAAACUGGAUGAGGAACUUCUCUCGUUGAUGAUUCAGAAGUUAAAGGGAGAUGAAACUGUUUUGCAGACAAUAAGAAAGUCGAGCAAGGAAGAUCUUUAUGCAGAAUUAUUGUACUUUCUUAGAUUUGGUUCUCUCAGGAAGAGUUGUUGUUAUGACCAAAGCUUCUUUACUUUGCAUGGAGAUGUUAUACUAGAAGAUCUGGUAAUAACUUUAGCUGAUGGCAUUGCCAGUGUUUAUUUGGAGCUUAUUUCUGUUGAUGGUAAUUUGUCAAAUGAAAUGAACAACCUAGGAAUGGAUAUGUGUGAUAUGUCAACCCGAGCACUCCAAAGAUUGCGAAAUGAGGUUGCUUUGAAUCAAUGGUUGUAUCAAAAUGUGGAGGCAGUUGUAUCAAUGUAUGAGGAUCGAUUUGAUCUAUGCAUUCUACAGUCAACAGUCAUUGAGGAACCGAGACAGAAUCAGACUAAGAAUUCUAGUUGGUGGAAGAAUCUUACUGAGAGAAAUCUUACUGAGAGAAAAUAUGGAACAGUGCCAUCUUCCUUCAAUUAUAUUUUCAUAGGCCAGCUCUCUAUGCCUGUAAAGAGGACCAAUGAAUUAAGAGCCUUGACAGGGUGGAGAUACUACUUCAGUCUGUGCCUUGAGUUUUUGGAUAUUUCCAUGCCGCUGAUUAGGGCUAUCAUCGACAAAGUUAGCAAUGCAGUAUCAUUCUUUCUAGUUUCCUUGAUUGGGAGGUCAUUAGGACUUAUUUACUCAGGAAUUAGGCAGUCCCUGAGAUGGAAGUGAGCUGUCAUGGGUACAGUUUUCGUUUCCAGUACAAUUUUUUGCUUCUCUGUUGUUUUUUUACUUGAAAUAGUAGCAGCUGCAGGAGGAAAUAUGAUUUUUAAACAUUUGCCCAAGUUGCAUGAGGCUUCUGCUUAUUUGUAAUAAAUCUCUGUAAUGAAUUACUUUCCCCUAACAUUGCUAUUCUUAAAUACCUCAAAGAGCAUUUUUUAAAGCGGGUUUCACCUCAGAGGAAGUGGAUAGGCGGUUCUUGGACAUGGGGCAUCAGCAGUUUGCUGCUUAAAACUUGAUUUUGAUCUCAACUCAACUCAUGGCAAAUAAAUCACGUUGAAGUUUUUCAAGUAUGCGUUGAAGCACAGAGAUCUAAACAGGCCUCUCGCAAAGCAGUGUAUAUGUUCUAAUGGAUGUUCAGAAACGUUUGACCCAGAAUGCUUGCCUUUCUUCCUUCACUUAGUUAGUUACUCUCUAAAUUGAAUUUGGACGGAGACUGGUUAGAUUAGAACUAGGCUUUUGCCCUGAAUCAUCAAUAUCCUUUCAUGUUCAUGGAAUUGCUUGAUGGGGGAGAGGGGUGAUUCAAUUUUUCGUACUGCAUUGUUGGGAAAAUUAACAUGUGCAUGAGGCCUUGGGUUCUGGUUUCUGGAGGCAACAAGGACAUUUUAAAUAGCUAGUGAAUUUAGGAAAUCAGGGCCUUGGGAGGGCUCAAUUUCGCCUGAUAAGUCUAAGAGGUGACUUGUAUCUUCUUUGACCUUUGUGAGUCAUUGUGAUCAGAUUGUACAAAACUGCCUGAAUUUACUUUCUGGCAUUCCCUCGAGCAUUUCAUCACAUGCUUUAAAAAUAUAAUGUAAUGUAUAAUGAUCAAGGUGCCUUCUUUUAUUACUUUACUUUUAGUCC